GUCAGGUAGGAGGACUAUAAAAGCCCUCCUUCCUUUACUGCAACAAGCACUUAAUGUCAAUCUGGACUGAGCUGCAGGUUUGGGUAUGCACUUGCAACUCUGAGGCAGAAGUAUGUGCGAACAAGUGUGCUGAGGGGAGACAACAAGGAGAGCUCAUGCACAGCAGUCUGCUUCUUUCUGCAAUUUGCGUGACUGAGAGGAAAAAAUGUGUGAACUGUGCUGAGCAGGACAUAGAGCUCGACUUGCCAAAAGAUGAGAACGUUCCAGGAAAUUUUGGUCUGUUUACUCCUCCUCUGUUGUGUCUGCUUGACUGAGUGUCGAGUGCUGAAGUUCGUCGUUGCUGUGUUCCGACACGGAGAUCGAUCGCCGAUUGAGUCAUAUCCCAAAGACCCUCAUGGGGAGGAAGUGUGGGCUCAGGGUUUUGGACAGCUGACUGAGCUGGGCAUGAAACAACAGUUUGAGCUGGGCAGCUUUCUGAGGAGGCGAUAUGGAAACUUUCUCAGUGAAGACUACAACAACAAAGAGUUUUACGUCCGGAGCACCGACUACGAUCGUACUCUAAUGAGCGCCCAGGCCUGCCUUGCAGGGAUGUUCCCGCCAACCAGACGCCCGCCUCCCAUCAUGCCCCAGUUACUUUGGCGGCCUAUUCCAGUGCACACCAUCCCCAGAGCCCAAGACAAGCUGCUGAGGUCUCCGGGCAAAGACUGUCCGAGGUUCAGAGCUCUGAUGUCAGAGACAUUUGAGAGUCAGCCCUACCAGAGGUUCCUCAGGGCUCACCGGUACUUUGUGGAAGGACUCUCCAAUCAUACUGGCUACCCGGUCUCCAAACUGGUCGGCAAAAAAAUAUGGAGGGUCUACGACACUCUCACCUGUCAGAGGAUCCAUAACUUGACUCUCCCACGCUGGGCCACCCAAGAUGUUCUGGACACCCUGAAGCGAGUGGCAUCGUUCGAGGUCAUGUUCAGCAUCCUCAGUCACAAGCGCAAAGAGAAGGCCCGGCUCUCGGGAGGGGUGCUGCUGAACGCCAUCCUGAGGAAUUUCUCCAGAGCUAUGGAGGAAGGGAGCCCUCGCAAAUUCAUUAUGUACUCCGCUCAUGACUCUACGCUCAUCACCCUCCAGGCGGCUCUGGACGUCUACAACGGCAUCCUUACUCCGUACGCCGCCUGUCAACUCUUUGAGUUCUACCAGGAGUAUGAUGGCUCCUAUUCUCUGGAGCUGCAUUACCGUAAUGACUCCUGGCGCGACCCCCACCCAAACCCGAUCCCUGGAUGCAACGGUUUGAACCCUUGUCCUUUGUCUCUGUUCGAUGAGCUUGUGCAAGAUGUGUUUGCAGACGACUGGGAAGCUGAGUGUGAGUUUAGGACAAGAUGGUCUGGUGCAGGUGUUGUGCCUGCUCUGGCAGUGGCUGUGGGUCUCCUGGCAGUGGCGCUGUUGUUAAGCAUAGGAGUGAUUAUCCGCAGGAGGAGAGCGCGUUACUCCAGGGAGGUGUAGUGCUGACCGCUGUCACAUAUGUGCCAAAAUACAGAGGGGCUUCUCAGCUGUAAAAAAUAUCUAAAUAUUAAAAUGUGUCUUGUGUUUUUUAUAUUUUUGAUCCUGAUUAACGGUGUAAGGAGGUGUUGGUGAGCUCUUGUUUUGAAAAAAAAUAUAUGAAGAAUGUACAUGAAAACAUAAAUAUUUUAACAGAGAAAUAAAAUGUGACCAAAAUCCUUCAGCAGGCAAGACUACAUUUUAUUGGAUUCACUCUUGACAGUGCAUGCUUUACAUACUGACAUUCAGUGUUUGGUUCAUAUCAUUUCACAUUCUUUACUGUUCGGUUUUUCACUUCUUUUCAGGAUCUGGAGCAACUGUGGGAGAACAGA